AUGCGCAAAGCCGAGGCCGAGUACCUGCCCCAGGGGCUAACGGUGCCCAUCAUGUUCUACGAGGAUAUAUUCGCGUUUGUGAGGCAAAUGCUACCAUGGGUGUAUAGCCAGUUCAAAGCCAUGCCAGUGGAUACCGCUGCCAACUUCCUCGAGCACCACACCGUCGUCCAGAAGUUUAUGGGCGAAGUGAACGGUUAUAGCCAUUUGUCCAAACGGUUGGCCCUUUUAAGGAGCGGCAAACGGUUUACGAUGACCGGCACUGAAGACAAUCUGAUCAAUAGGUUGAAGGACGAGGAGAAGACCAUAUAUGGGGCACUGGACUACGUAAAAGGAUUUAUGCAGAUGGAGUUCCCCAGACUCUACUCAGCCAUUGGAAAUUUACCUACGAGUGGGCUCAGAUCCAAAAACAUCCAGUUGCUACUGAUGGACAUGGUUCUACUUCACCAGGCACCACUAUAAAUUACUAUAAACAACAUUGUUAUAAAAUUAAUAUUUGCGCUUAGCUAAUUUAAAUUUUGAAAUUUUUAAAACUAAAAUGUCCAUGUUAGGAUUUAAGUAUUUUUCUUUUGUUAAAGCACCUUCAACUAUAUUAUUAUUUUUGGUAAUUAACCAUUUUUAAUACGUAUUCUAAAUUGUAUUGUUGAUCCAAC